UCUCCAGAUCACAAUAAUAUUUCAUUAAAACAGAGCGUUUCGGUGUGUUUUUUGUUCUGUUCUGUUCUAUUCUGUUCUGUUCUGUUCUGUUCUGUUCUAUUCUUUUCUUUUCUUUACUAUUCUGUUCUGUUCUAUUCUGUUCUGUUCCAGAGCAGUGAUCUGAGGCUGCAGCUUAUUGAGGAACAGAUGAAGGAUUCUGUUACCAUCUACAGGUGUGGAGACGGUGUCGGGGUCUCCAGCGGCCCCCUUCUCCCCCACACAGGAAUCCUCCAGGUGUUCAGGAUGCUGCAGCUCUCCUCGGUGACUCUAUCCAAUCAGACGGCGCCGUCGGGUCUGACUCGGCUCUCAGGUGUGGCGUUUCCAGGUGAGAAGGAGGUUCAGGAGUGGGAGAAGGAGCAGGAGGAGGCGAGGAGGAGGGACCACCGACGCAUCGGGAUGGACCAGGAGCUGUUCUUCUUUAACGACGUCAGUCCAGGAAGCUGCUUCUUCCUGCCUAAAGGAGCUCACAUCUACAACACUCUCACCGACUUCAUCAAGAGUGAGUACCGGCGGCGAGGCUUCAGCGAGGUCGUGACCCCGACGCUCUACAGCACGGCAUUAUGGGAACGUUCGGGUCACUGGGAGCACUACAGCGAGAACAUGUUCACCGUGGCAACGGAGGGAUCGCAGCGCUAUGCCCUAAAACCCAUGAACUGCCCCGCCCACUGCGUGAUGUUUGAGCAGAGGGUUCGCUCGUGGAGGGAGCUUCCUCUGCGAUGGGCUGACUUCGGGGCUCUGCAUCGGAACGAACUGUCUGGAGCUCUGGGAGGUCUGACUCGGGUUCGCAGGUUCUGUCAGGAUGACGCUCACAUCUUCUGCACACCUGAGCAGCUGGAACAGGAGAUCGUGUCAUGUCUGGAGUUCAUCCGGAGCGUCUAUCGGGUGUUUGGGUUUUCCUUCCACUGCCUGCUGUCCACCCGGCCGACGCCGUGCCUCGGAGAGCCGGAACAGUGGGACGAUGCUGAGCAGCAGCUGAAACGAGGCCUGCAGCAGUUUGGAGAACGUUGGGAGUUGAACCCUGGAGACGGAGCUUUCUACGGACCAAAGAUUGACGUUCAGAUCAGAGAUGCUCUCGGCCGGCAGCACCAGUGCGCCACCAUCCAGCUGGACUUCCAGCUACCGAUCCGGUUCCAGCUUCAGUAUGUCGGGUCUGACGGAGUUCUGCACCGACCAGUGAUGAUCCAUAGAGCUGUUCUAGGAUCAGUGGAGAGGAUGAUCGCUAUCCUGGCAGAGAACUAUGGAGGGAGAUGGCCCCUGUGGUUGUCUCCAGCUCAGGUCUCUGUGGUUCCUGUAGGGGGCAGCAGCGAGGCGUACGGCCAACAGGUGGUCCAGAGGUUCCAGGAGGCUGGCUUCAUGGUGGAUCUGAAUGACGACCCCGGAGCCACCUUAAAUAAGAAGAUCCGCUGGGCUCAGCUGGCCCAGUACAACUACAUAUUUGUGGUGGGCGAUAAGGAGCGUGACGGCGGCUCGGUGAACGUGAGGAGUCGAGGAGGGAAGCAGCUGGGCAGGAGGCCGACGGAGGAGGUGCUGAAGGACCUCAUGAAGCUACGAGACUCCAGGAGCAACGAGGAAGACUUCUGAUGAGGAAACACCUUGAUUUACAUUCUGCUGACAAGAAAACACAAUAAAAAUAUACAAAACACCA